UCAAUUUCAUUAAAAUCGGCGUGUAACACCUUGGUGAUGUCCCUUGUUAGUAAAUGUUGUUGAAUUUUCCACGGUCCGUAAUAAGCUAGUCUUUAGAAUUUUAUAAGUGCCUUGUUUUCAUUCUCUGGCCCUGAGGUCUAGAGAGCUUUCCCUCAUUCGCUCGCACAUGGAGAAUAUUUUAAACAAUGAAUUUCCUGUGCGCCAUAGGUACAUAUUCCGUUUUUAAAUCGAGCUCUUAAUUUAUAUUUACAGAUCAAGAGGCGCAAUUUCUUCGUAACAAUACUCACGCGGUUCAAUCGCCCUACUACUUGAGUCAAAUUUCAAGCGAUAGCGUUACAAAUUUAUUCGAGGGCUGCUUAGUCUCGUCAACACAGAUUACCUUGAACUUUUCGUAGUUUCUUUGGGUACCAUGCUUUUUCUUAAAACGCGUACAUGAUAUCGUUCUGGCCCUUGAUGAAACACCUCCACCUUUGGAUCACUAUUAGCCGAAAUCGCGCAAAGAUUUCUCUUGCCGAGGCAGAAUAAUAAUUUUCUCUAACACCAAUUCUUUAAAUUCGAAUAAAAGUUAUCUUGAAGUCGAACUAUUUUAUACAUAUAUGGCGCCACGAGCAGAGUACUCUAGCGCUCCACGGGCACCUCUUAAAAUCCUUACAUCUUUAUUUCCACACCGCUCACACACACAACACGUUAUAUGAAGUCCCCAAGAUAAGGUUUAGUUUUUACUUAUUUCCUGUUACAGAAGAGGGCGUGUAAGAGCCGCUGCUCUUAUUUACCACUUACAGUCUUUUAGUUGUCCCUAAGAUAAAUUUGAAUAAGAUUCAGAUUUAGGCCGUCAGUUCUGUGUACUAUUUUAGAGGUUAUGUCUUCAAUGUUUACUUAGUGCCUAAUUGUCGUAACAGUGAUAACAGAUAUAAUUUUUAUAUAUAGUUAAUGGUCGUAGUUUUUUAUUUGCACAGUGUUAUUUAAACUUUGAAAAAUAACCGUGAUCAAUACACAUAUAUUUCUCUGUAUACAUAUUUCAAAUGACGUCUGUAACGUCUGAAAAUGUAAAAACUAUAUAUUUUUUGGACGCAUUAAAAUUAUUUAUUGAAACACAAUGGCUUUACAAUACUCCGGUCACUGAUUUGUUGACAGCUGAUUUACUUGAUUUAUUUCCAAAAGAAUGGUUACAUGUAUUGCAAAUUUUAGAAAAUGAAGAUCUUAAUGAUUUUGUUGUAAACAGAAAAAUAAAGCCUCAAUGGCCAGAGUCUUUAAGACUCUUUGUUGAAAAAUGUGAACAUAUUGAUCAAUUACCAAUUAUAGAUACUGUAUUAGCAGCUGAAUUACCAAAACACUUUCAAACAGGACUUAGUCGUAAAAAGCAACAUGAAAUAAUGCAUUUAGCUCAUUUGGUGCAUGAGCAAUGUGUAUCAGAAAACAUUAAAGUUAUUGUUGAUCUUGGUGCAGGUUUGGGAUAUAUUUGUCAGUUGUUACAUCAUUUAUAUGGUUAUAAAGUACUUGGAUUAGAAAAAAAAAAAGAAACUGUAAAUAAUGUUCAAAAUAGGCAGAUGAAAAUGUUUCCUGAUUCAUUAACAUAUGUUAAAUAUAGUCACUGUGAUUUAACACAUAAUUCUGCUGAAAUAAUAGAAACCAUAUUAUUGAAUAAAUUUCAAGAACAUUCAGAUGUUUGUUUAAUUGGUUUACAUGCCUGUGGAGAUUUAAGUAUAGAUGCAUUAAAAAUAUAUCGUGAUAUGAAAAGGGCACGUAUCUUUAUUAUGGUUUCAUGUUGCUAUCAUAAAAUGUCAGUAUCAAAAAGUGUACAAACAGACACAUUGAUUAAAAAACAGUAUUUUAACAACUUCCCUUUGUCUAAUUAUCUUAAAACUGUAAUUCGUAAUGCUAAUUUUGAUAUUGGUUUUUUCUUGAGACAACCAUUUUUACGUUUAGCAUGUCAAGAACCAUCAGAUAGAUGGUGUAAUAUGUCUAUUAAAACGCAUAAUGAACACUCAUUUCAUGUUCUUGCAAGGGCUGUUCUUCAAUUAUAUGCAGCUAAAAAUGGCUUUUGUCUUAUCAAACAAACUCGAAAAGGAACAAGAAAAUCACAAUGUUUAAAUUUUGAAACAUAUAUCAAAGAUUCCUUAAAUAGAUAUAUUCUACAGCCACUAAAAGAACAAGAUAUGCAACUUAAUCUUAAUAUACACGAGAAAAAUAUGGUAGAACUAUGGAAAAGUCAUUGUAAUAAAUUAAAAGCUGUAGAAAUUUAUAGCGGUUUACAAUUGAUGUUACAAGCACCAGCGGAAUCAUUUAUUUUACAAGAUCGACUAUGUUGGAUGGAAGAACAAGGUUUCGAUGCUACAAUUGUUCCAGUUAUGAAUAGACAUUUAUCUCCACGAUCAUAUGCAAUUAUAUCUCAUAAAAAGUAAUUUAUUGUACAUAUUUUAUCUAUAUGGAUGAAUUUGUGAUGCUGCUUUAAUAUUAGUUUUUAUUGUACUUGGAGCUUUACCCAUUUG